AAUAUUUCUUCUAUUGGAAUUGCAAAUUUUAGUGGGCAUAUUACAUGGUCCCUGCAACAGACGAGAACAUGAAAAAUCACCAUUUCUCGAAAGCUUUAAUUACUCUUUUUAGACCAAAAGUGACACUGUUUCUCUCUCCAAGUUUUCCCUCCCGUAUAAAGGUUUUAGGCUUUUAGCUCUGGUUAUUAAACCCCAUAAACCCUAAAUCAACUUUCUCUCUCCUCUCUGUUCAACAAUGGAGCCUUCAUUAGGGCACAAAACCAAACAGCUCGAGUUCACAUUAGCUUCAGUCUCUCACCUCCCUCUUCCGCCUUCAACUACAUCGCCAUCGUCUUCUCCGUCGUCCGCUAGGUUUCUUGUCGAUUCUGGUGUCGCUGAGCUCCAGAUUUUUAGUGAAUCCGAUUCCAAUAAUUCUACAAAUGUUGAUCUUCAGACUGCUCAGUUGUUUAAAUUCAGUCCAGUUGAAUCAAUUUGCAUAAGUGAAGAUUCUGAAACUGAUAAAGAGGAGACGUACUCGAAGGGUGUCAACAUCCAAUUUAGGAGCGCGGAGGAAAGCGAGGCCUUUCAUAGUGCAUUUGAACAAUGGAAGAAAGAAGCAGAUUGCAAAGGAUCACAGUUACCAAAUGGAGCAGUUUCAGCUUGUGGGAGCAAAUUCGAUUCCAAGACAGAGGCAUCUUCUGCUAAAAUGUAUUUUCAUUACUAUGGACAGCUAUUACAUCAGCAAAAUAUGAUGCAGGACUACGUGAGGACAGGUACCUAUUAUGCUGCUGUCAUGGAAAACCGUGUGGAUUUUAGUGGGAAGGUGGUGGUUGAUGUUGGUGCCGGCAGUGGUAUCUUAUCAUUAUUUGCCGCACAGGCUGGAGCAAAGCAUGUUUAUGCUGUAGAAGCAUCUGAAAUGGCUGAUUAUGCACGCAAGCUUAUUGCGGGCAACCCCUUGUUGGCUGAUCGAAUAACGGUCAUUAAAGGCAAGGUUGAAGAAGUGGAGCUGCCUGAAAAAGCGGAUAUAUUGAUAUCUGAGCCGAUGGGGACGUUAUUGGUUAAUGAAAGGAUGCUGGAAUCUUACGUUAUUGCAAGAGAUCGGUUUCUUGUUCCUAGUGGGAAAAUGUUUCCUGGAGUAGGAAGAAUACAUAUGGCACCAUUCAGUGAUGAAUAUCUGUUCGUUGAAAUUGCUAACAAGGCACUCUUCUGGCAGCAGCAAAAUUAUUUUGGGGUGGAUUUGACUUCCUUGUAUGGAUCGGCAUUCCAGGGUUACUUUACACAGCCUGUGGUAGAUGCUUUUGACCCAAGGUUACUUGUUGCACCAGCUACACACCAUGUGAUAGAUUUUUCUACUAUUAAGGAGGAGCAGCUAUAUGAAAUUGAUAUUCCACUAAAAUUCACUGCCGCCGUGGGCACAAGGGUGCAUGGGUUAGCUUGUUGGUUUGAUGUUUUGUUUGAUGGGAGUACGGUCCAGAGGUGGCUCACCACUGCUCCGGGUUCACCAACUACUCACUGGUACCAAUUACGUUGUGUUCUCGAACAACCUAUCUAUGUCAUGGCUGGACAAGAAAUUACCGGACGCCUUCAGAUGGUUGCUCACAAUAAUCAGAGCUAUACCGUAUAUCUUACUUUGUCAGCUAAAAUGUGGGGUGUUGGCGCUGAGCAAGGAGGAAUCCUUCAGACUUCUUCUGGAAAGAUGGAACUGAAGGAACCCUAUUACAGAAUGUCCCAGCCUCAAUUACAAUCUCAGGCGUAUGCAACAUCUCAAGAUCAGCAGCCACAACAACUUAUUCAGCAACAGGAUAUGAACAUCCAAUCACUGGAUCUUGAAGGAGCUGAGUUACUACAAAAUGAAUUGGAAAAUCAAAAUGUUCAAAUCCAGUAGAAAAGCUGAAAUCCACAAGCUUCAAUUGUUGAAAGGUAGGGGCUGUGUUCAAUUUGUUGUACCAUAGAGUGUGCUGCCAUCCAUAGUGCUCAAAGAGUUCUGCAUCGUUGUACCAGCCAUGGUCCAGUAAAUGUUACCCCUGUGAAUUAAGAAAUUCUUUGUUAGUGAUUUAGAAUCUGAUGUUGUUAUUUAUCAGCUUAGAGUUGGAUAAAAUCUCAACUUGGUACAAGUUUUCAGUGUUACCAAUGUUUACUUGGCAAUUUGAUUAAGAGCAUCAAGUGUUCAUUCUAUCAAUUCCUGGAUCGAGCAAUCAGAGAGCCAAUGCUGAAGCUUCCGAUGAAAACUCUGUUGGCAGCCCGUAGUUGUAUGAGUUAACUUGUAGUCAUUGCACGAAAGAAAUCAAAAUUUAGCUACAAUCCAUAUUGUGGGUUGACUGUUGGUCUUCUACUAUCAGAACACACACCAAGUGAGUACGAAAUAUAAAUUUCUUUAUCCUUGUUUCUUUA